GAAAAGAAAGAACCACAUCAAUUGUUUGAAAUAAAAAAUAAACUACAGCGCGUGAAAUAUCAAACUUAAUUUUUUUGGUGGUUCAGCUAAAAACGUUGUUCUGAACUCCUUAGUGAGUGAGGAGCAGCUUCGACCGGACUGCUUCCGUCGCCGUGCAGAUGCAGAAUCCUCCUCGGAGUGAGACGUCGCUGUUCCGGCCCCUCUGUGCUCCUCGCUGCCCUGCGGACAUGGCGGGGGUCGUCCGGGCGGUGAGUGUGAGCCGUCCUGCCGUCCGCCGCUCCGUCAGGAGGUUGUUUGCGUCUGACCACUGCAGGCUGCGGACCCUGAGAGGAGCUCACCACCGUGUUUCUGCCACAGUCCAGCCUGUGUGUUCCCUGCAGGCUCCGGGAUGAGCAAGAAGCUGCUGAUGGACGUGGACUGCGGCGUCGACGACGCCCAGGCCAUCAUGCUGGCGCUGGCCGCCCCCGGCGUCCGGCUCCUGGGCGUCACGUGCGUGCACGGGAACACCUCGGUGGAGAACGUGUGCAGGAACACCCUGCGGGUCCUGCAGGCCUGCGACAGGCUGGAGAUUCCGGUGUUUAAAGGCGCCGCCAAGCCCAUCCUGGGGAAGGUCAUCAGCGCCGGAGAGUUCCACGGGAAGGACGGCUUCGGAGACGCCCCCGACCCCGGCGCCCCCGGCCUGGACCUGCUGCAGGAGGAGGGCGCCGUGGCGGCCAUGAUCAGGAUCGUCAACGAGAAUCCCGGAGAGGUGUCUCUGGUCGCCACGGCGCCGCUCACCAACCUGGCUCUGGCUGUGAAGAUGGAUCCAUCGCUGCCCAGUAAACUGAAAGGCCUCUUCAUCAUGGGAGGAAACACCGAAUCUCGAGGAAACACGACGGUUUGCGGCGAGUUCAAUUUCACGGCCGACCCCGAGGCGGCGUUCAUCGUGCUGAACGAGUACGAGUGUCCGACCUACCUGGCCUGCUGGGAGUUCACCUGCCACAGCAAGCUGUCCUGGGACUUCUGCGACGCCUGGCUGGCGCAGGACAGCAGGAAGGCCCGCUUCAUGGCGCAGAUCUUCCGCCACAGCAUCCAGGUGUCGCAGAGCGAGCGCUUCGAGAAGGAGUUCGUCGCCGGCUCGGGCUUCGUGUCGUGCGACUCGUACGCGGCGGCGGCGGCCGUGGACGAGUCCGUCAUCCUGGAGAGCGAGCGGCACCCGGUCAGCGUGGAGCUGACGGGAACGUUCACACGCGGCAUGAUGGUGAUGGACACCACACGGUUACUGAAGAAGAGGCACCAGGCUCUCAUCAUGAAGAAGGUGGACCUGGAGAAGUUCAAGCAGAUGAUGAUGGCGGCGCUAAAGUGACAGGAAGUGACGGCAUCCCUGCUCCUGUUCGCUCAUUCAGACCCGGGACUCAUCUCUUCAUUCUCUAGAUCAAUCAGCAACUCGACCUGCUCCAGUUCAGACCGGGCCUCGCAGGAGGAACGGUGACUUUAGACGAGCACAGACUGACCCACAAGAAAAAACUUCCACAGCAUUCCUAGAACCACUGUUAAAACCACAGCAGGUGAACACCGGUCCGCCCAGCUGAAGGGAGUUUAAAGUGUGUAGCUGUCGUGUUCAUGUGAAACUAAAUCUGAGUCAAGUUUUCAGCUCAUUUAAUCCAUGAAGAGUAGAGAGGAAACAGGCUGACAGCGACUGGAGGGGUGGUCUUAAUGUUGUGGUCAAUGAGCAGAAAGGCCUCAAUAAAAGUUCAUCUUUAAUGGUUGUGUUUUUUAAUAAAGCACUAUAAACAUGUUAACAGUCAA